AUGGACUCUAAAUUCGAGGCUGCGCUGAAGAAGAUCGAUGACGUCCACUCCAAGGACCCCAAACUCGUCGCAGUUACUGGCACCAAUAAUGUAGAAGAGCAGAUACCAGACGAACUCCAUUAUGCAAACAGAAUGACAGAAUACCUUCUCCAGCAUGAUCACAAGCCGUCCGAGCUGCUCCGUCUGGCUGUACGAGCCCAGCAUCUGCAGCGAUGGGAGAUCCCUCGCGCCGACUAUCCGAUGAACCGGAUGGGCUAUCUUUCGUGGAGAACGGCCCAGAAGAAGCGUCAGGCGACGCAUGCAGAGGAUAUCUGCUUGAGCUGUGGCUACUCUGCAGAGGACGCGGCGAGGGUGGCGGCACUGGUGAGAAAGGACGAUAUGAAGCGAGACGCAGAGUGUCAGGUUCUAGAGGACGUUGCGUGUCUGGUAUUUUUGGCCGACCAGUUUGAUAAGUUUGAACAGGAACACGGCGGAGAUAGGGAGAAGGUGGUCAAUAUUUUAAAGAAGACGUGGGCGAAGAUGUCUGAACGGGGCCAUGAGCUGGCACUACAGAUUACAAUGUCUGAGCAGGCAAAGGGGUUAAUCGAGGAAGCGCUCGCAUCUUGA